AUAAGCAUCCGUCUUGUAUAGUCAACACCACCUGUUUGUGUCUGUGUUAAAUAACAAUUCUGCUUGUUGUAUUCUCCCCAAUACAUCGGGUUAUAACGCUGAAUUCUAUUCCCACAAGAUUAACUCUACCUCACCUACACCACUGACAGAAGAGUCAAGCAGUGGGACAGGGUAGCCACAUAUGUCACAAGCAUGACUCUGAUCCUAUGUGUGACUUAUUUGCUACUUUUAUAUAACCUUACCCAGGGCCGAAAUAAUUCUUUCCUGGUGAAGAUCGAAGGCCACGAAAAGGACUGUAAGGUUUUCGAUUGCCGUUACACCGGGCGGGUGUACGGUCACUUCUGGCAACCCUACGACACGGUCGUCCCUCUCAAGACGGGAGCACCGUGUCACAUUCUCGUGGCCCAAUUCUGCGCGGACAAGUUGGGACAUUGUGACCGCUUCUACAUGUGGCAAUCGCUCUGCGCUGUUUGGACUGUCUGUGAGUUUUGUGAAAUAGAAGGGCCAAAGUUCAAUGACCGAUGCACGUGCAAGCCUGGCGACCCCAGCUAUUUCGCGAUCAACACCUUGGGGAUAGAGAAACCUUGGAUCCGGCUGGUUUUCUUUCAGAGUUUCUCGCUCCGGCCGCCGGAUGAAAAAAGUGUGAUCGCCUACAGCAACGCUUUCAACCACCUAAAUCAUCCUGAGAACUGGAACCCUACUCUUGCCACUAAUGGAGAUGUAAGGCUAGCAGAAGGAAUCAAUCAAUCACUGACAUACUUACUUGCCUUGUGCCUGUUUGAAGUUAUAUUUUAAAUACAUAAAGCCUGCAAUAAAAUAUAUUGUCCACAUUUAGUUACUGGGUUCGACUCAUUCAAAAGGUUACAGAUUACCAAGUAGCAUACUAAUUUUAAAAUCAAUGUUAACCUAAAAAAUUGAGUCACAUUAAAAAUUGUAAUAAGUAUUAUCGA